GGAUUUUGGCUUUGCUGCAAUAAGCUGACAUCAACCGCAGCUGUUGCAAACAGAACUAGGCUGAGGAGUGGAUCUCCUCUCCUUACUGCACGUUUCCUACUCAGCCAGGUUGAAAAGCCAUCAGGAGGCGGAUUCCAUGGCGGUCCUCAGGAGSGACRCCACUGGCCAGGCCAGAUUGGCGGGAUCAGCCAUAGGAUGUCUCGGAAUAAUUCUGCUUGGUUUUGUCAUUCAGUCCCUUGCGGCUGGCAUUGUUAGCAGGCGUCACRGAGACUAUGACUACGACUACGACUAUGACUAUGACGAUGACUAUGACUAUGACUAUGACUAUGAGGGUAAGAAGUACGGCGUGGGGUAUGGCAAGUAUUAUGGUCCAUAUUAUGGUAAGUAUGCCGGUCACUAUGAUGGUAAGUACUAUGGUCCAUAUGAUGUUAAGUAUGGCAUGAGCUACGGUAAGUAUUAUGGUCCACAUUAUGGUGGAUAUUAUGGUGCAUAUUAUGUGACGUGCGUCGACAAGAACCUUGUCUCCAACUUUGAAGGGAUGGUCGAUGCGAGAGCGGUUAGCGCGAGUGGCCAUGCGAGCCUGGGAGUCAGCAAUGCUCUCGCAAGCCUUGCUAAGAAGCGCAUCCAUCUCCUUUAUCCAGUCAUCGAGGGCAAGGCAUUUGGUGUCCGGAUGGAUCUGAGAUGGACGGAGAAGGUCAGAUGGGACACGAGGAUGGUAUCCCAAGUCACGGUAGUAGGGAGACAUGCCAGUGGCAAGUGAAAUAGCAUGGUUAUAAGCAAUCCCUGCGUGAGCAAGGUGGAGAUCCCAAUCAGUCAUUCUCAACAAACUUCUUGAGGAUAC